AUGUCAACGUAUCGCGGCCGGACAGGCCCGAAUUUUUCGGAGUAUCUCAACAAUUUGAAUACUCUGACGUCGCCCUACGACCAGGAGCAGUUCCCGACGGAGGAGCUGGACAUCAGCCAGGACUUGGCCAUGUUCACAAAUACCGAUUUUACCCAUUUUGACAUCCCUGCGCUACCCGAAGACGGCUCCUUCAAUUUCGACCUGAAUGAAAACAAAAGCAAUCCACACAAUGUGAAGUACGAAGACCUACUCGCGGGUACGUCGCCGAGUCAGAACCAGCAACUGCCUCAUAUGGACACCUCGGCCGCAGAGCCUUCACACUAUUAUAGCACCUACAAUACUCCCAUACAGCCUGCGCCUGCACAGGGCUUCGGCAACCAUGACUCCCUGGGUUCACCUAGUGCUCAGACGGCGGCUGGCGGUAAGAGAAAAGGUGAAUCGCUCGAUCCAAAUACGUUGAGUCCCGAAGAUAAGUCCCGCGUGGCUGCUGAGGAGGAUAAAAGGCGGAGGAACACCGCGGCGAGCGCAAGAUUCCGGGUGAAGAAGAAGCAACGUGAGCAGGCAUUGGAACGUACGGUCAAGGAGGUGCAGGAAAAGAACUCGAAGCUGGAGGCCAAGGUGAACCAACUGGAGAUGGAGAAUAAGUGGCUGAAGGAUUUAAUCACAGAGAAGAAUGGACUUGCGUCCAAGGAGGAGGUGGCAGCGGCGUAUCAAAAGUAUCGCAAAGAGAGUGAAGAGCGAGAUGUAAAAGCCUCUGAGCACACGACCGGUGUUGGGACCGACUGA